UUGAAUACUUAGGAGAAGGUUUUUACCUGCUGCUAGAAGAUGUCAAGGAAGAGCUCCAGGGAUCCUAAGAAAGCAAAUGUUUCCAGCUCUUUGGAAUCAGAAGAUAUUAGUCUGGAAACGACCUUACCCACAGAUGACGUGUCCUCGUCAGAAGAUCGGGAAGGUACCAUCAAAAUUACCAGACAGCUUAUUGAGAGGAAAGAACUGCUGCAUAAUGUCCAGUUACUGAAAAUCGAGCUUUCUCAGAAGAACUUGAUGUUAGAUAAUUUAAAGGUGGAGUACUUGACAAAGAUUGAAGAACUAGAAGAGAAACUCAAUGAUGCAGUCCAUGAGAAACAACUGCUGUCUUUACGACUAGAUAACCAGCUGGCAUUACAGCAAGAAGAUGCUAGAAAACAUCAAGAACUAAUGAAACAGGAAAUGGAAACCAUCUUGCUGCGCCAGAAGCAACUGGAAAAGAACAACCAUCAGUUACGGGAACGCUCCGGCGAUAUCCGUCGUAGCCUGCGUGACCUUGAACUGAGUGAAGAAUGCUACGCCAAACUCAAAUCUCUUCCAGAAGAUGAACUUUCUAUUCCUGAAUAUGUGUCUAUUAGAUUUUAUGAAGCAGUGCAUCCCUUAAGAAACGAGCUGCGUGAACUGCAAGCCAGGAAGGACGCGGCCUGCGAGGAACUGAGCGAUUACAAGUCUCAGCUGAAGCACUUGCUGGAGAGUUAUGAAACGGAAAGAAAAAAUCGGUCAGAGUUUGAAGUGAGAUGCCAGCGCUUAACAAUUGAACUAGCUGAUACAAAACAAAUGGUUCAGCAGGGUGACUAUAGACAGGAGAACUACGAUAAAAUAAAAAGUGAGCGUGAUACGUUUGAACAUGAAUUUUCAGAGCUCCGAAGAAAAUACGAAAUACUAGAGGUUUCACAUAAAGCCGUAACUGCAGAAAGGAAUGACUUAUCCAAAGAGGCUGCCGUUUUGCAGCAGUCCGUUACUUUGCUGCAAAAGGAUAAGGAUUACCUCAACCGACAGAACAUGGAGCUGAGUGUCCGCUGCGCCCAUGAGGAGGACCGUCUUGAGAGGCUCCACGUUCAGCUGGAAGAUGCCAAGAAAGCCAGAGAAGAGAUGUACGAGAAAUACGUCACGUCCAGAGAUCACUAUAAAAUGGAGUAUGAAAACAAACUGCACGAUGAAUUGGAACAAUUAAGGCAGAAAACAUCCCAAGAAAUCGAACAGCUUCGAACAGCUACAAAGGAAAUGUAUGAGCGGGAAAACAGAAACUUGAGAGAAGCAAGAGAUAAUGCGGUGACCGAAAAAGAAAGAGCUGUUGUAGCUGAAAAAGAUGCAUUAAGCAAAUAUGACCAGCUUUUAGAACAAUACAGGCAACUGCAGCUCAGCACGGAAAACAAAGUGGCUGAACUCCUCCACCAGAGUAAGCUGAAAUCUUUUGAAAGUGAACGAGUGCAGCUGAUUCAAGAGGAGACCUCCAGGAACCUUUCGCAGUGUCAGCUGGAGUGUGAAAAACACCAGCGGAAACUAGAAGUAUUAACGAAAGAAUUUUAUAGUCUUCAAACACUGAGCGAGAAAAGGAUCUCAGAACUUCAGGCACAAAAUUCUGAGUACCAGGCAAGGCUUGACACUUAUGAGAAACUGGAAAAAGAACUGGAUGAGAUGAUAAUGCAGACUGCAGAAUUUGAGAAUGAAGAGGAGGCAGAAAGAGUUCUGUUUUCCUAUGGAUACGGCGCAAACGUUCCUACCACAGCCAAGAGACGGUUGAAGCAAAGCGUGCAUUUGGCAAGAAGGUUGCUGCAGCUAGAGAAGCAAAACACGCUGCUUACAAGAGACUUGGAGCACCGGAAGGAAGAGGUUGCCCACAUUUCACAAGAGCGAGACAAAGCCAAUUCCCUGUUGAACCAAGUGCAGCAACCCUACAAGUACCUUAUUGAGUCUGUGCAGCAGAGAGAUUCUCAGAUCCUGGCGCAGAAAGAACGUAUUGCACAAUAUGAAAAGGAUAUUAGUCUUUUAAAUCAAGAGAAGAAAGCUUUGCUGCGGGUCAAGAAUCAGAUGGCAGCAGAUUUGGAAAGGCUUCUAAAUCACCGUGAGGAACUAGCUGCGAUGAAGCAGAUGUUGAUUACUCUUCAUGGUCAACCUCAAGGGGACAGCUUGCCUCAAAAACAGAGAAGAACUUCACCAGAAAAACCUGUCUUGAGUCCAUCCAUUCAGCUCCAUUUCCCACCUGAGGAUGGAAAUACGUUUGCACCCAAACCAACUGUCUUUACAAAUGAUGCUCCAGCACAAGGACGGAAGAAGGGGAAACAGACCAAAGCAUCCUAGAGUUUUGUUCUAAGGAAGAAUGAUCACAAUCAUGUUCUAAAAGUCUUAAUUAACUCUAUUUUCAUAACCACAUUUGAACUCCCUUUAUUUUAAUAUCACUGUUACACCAAAAAGGACCCUUGUGAUACAUGCCACUAGUCUGUUAUCUUAAAUGCUGCUAAUA